AUGGCUCCACCAAGGAGGAACAUAGGGAAUGGUCAAUCGAAUGUUGAGGGAACCACUAAUCUUCAAGCUAUUAUUGAAGCCAUUGGGGGCUUAACUAAUAUAGUGCAACAUCAAGUAGGAGCCACUAAUCCAACUAGUGCUUUAGAUAAGUUUAGAAAGCUUGACCCUCCUACUUUCAAGGGUACAAAGGAUCCAAUAGAGGCUGACAACUGGCUUAAGGAGAUAAAAAGACUCUUUAGGGCAAUGGAGGUUAGUGAUGAGCAAGGAGUUAUCCUUGCUGUUUUUGUAUUGAAAGGUGAUACAUUGGAAUGGUGGGAGUCCACAGAGAGGACACAUGGGAGAGAAGUUAUAACUUGGCAGCAUUUUGUUGAGCUCUUUCGUAGGAGGUAUUUUCCCGAUAGUUUAAUGGUCCAAAAGGAAGCUGAGUUCAUUCGCAUAGCACAAGGUACUCAAUUAGUGUAUGAGUAUGAGCGGAAAUUUGCUGAAUUAUCCCACUUUGGUCCACACAUGGUUGACACAUAA